CCAGUCGAGUUUUUGCUUCGCAAUGAUCAGCACACGUUUGCAGUGCGUUUUUUACUCGCUCAUACACCGCACAAUUAGAGACUUGUAUCUGAGCCAGUGAGAUUUAGGUGUUGAUUGUUAUUCUUUAUCAAUUUUGUUUCUCUCUCUCUUUGGGGGACUACCUGUGCCUCAUCCCACCUUGUGACGAGGUUUUUUUUUUUACUGGCUUUACAAUUUCGUGUGAGAGAAUAGAUCGUUUGGGACACCCCGUGCACAUUGUCCGAAAAAAAAAUCUCCACACUUUGACUUCUCGUGCGAAUUCGACAAGUGGAUCUUGCCGCUACAGCCAGUGACUAUUUGAAUUUUCUGAUGGCAACAGACCACGCUCCGCAAGAGAAUCUCAAGAUUUGCAAAUAAGCGCCAAGACACUGAACAGUCGCAGUGGUGCCCAAGAUUUAUCCUAGUGACCGACAAAUAGCGAGAAUGUGUUCCGUGUGUUUGCCAACUUACCAUUCUUGUUGCACGAAGACGGUGAAAUAGGUUGGAGAGGAAGAGAGACUUGGAUCAAGCAGUCCAAUUAAUUAUCAGCGUGAAGAUUUUACGCGUUUUUUUUUUGUCAUUUCGAUUUUUAUUUAGUUCGCGGUAGUGAAAAGAGAUUGUGCCUUUGAAGGUGGUCCUGUUGCUGAUCUCACAAAGAAAAAAAAAAUAUCGGGACUCUAUGUGCCUUUGCCUGGAACAGUUGAUCGUGCCAUAGAUUGUAAAACGGGUAAUUCGGACAAGUUUGGUGGUGUGAUUUUUUUUUUGGUGUAUGUGGUACCGGCCACAGUUGCAAUAGCGUGAUAUCCUAGAGGAGACUGUGCGCGGAGAUUGAUCAGUCGCUGGCCGGAAGGAACACCCUGGAGGGCCGCGCGAUUGAGUACCGGCCCGGCGGUGGGCUGGACUACCACAACUCACCCCUGAUGGCGGAAAUACCAACCGGUGACUAUAGUCACAUCCAUCGAUCAAUUGAUCAAUUGCGUUCGAUGAAUGAGAGGGGAGUACUAGGACCCCUAGGUGCACUCACAUCUACUGAUCUACGAGCUAGUCUCGUGCACGAUUACAAACCCUUCAAUGUCAGUGAUCUGAGAACACCGGACCGUCUUGACUACGGACCGGCUAAAGUGAUAGAUGGUCGUAGUGCAAGUGGACAGAAUGGAGCAAGUGCUCCCAAUGCCAAUGCCGACGGAGGAUCCAACAACAAUGGCGAUCCAACGGACAUGAGACAUCCAGGAGCUGGGGAUCAGCAGGAUCAGAAACCCUACAGUACUCCAUCAACACCACCAACACCCUUAUCCAUCUCCGAUGCCCAGAUGCAAGAAUCUAAGAUUUUCGGCUCGAAAGCAGACCUGCAGCUGCACACGCAGAUCCACAUGCGUGAGGCAAAGCCGUACAAGUGCUCUCAGUGCUCCAAGGCUUUUGCCAAUUCCAGCUACUUGUCUCAGCACACCCGCAUCCACCUGGGCAUCAAGCCCUACCGCUGUGAGAUCUGCCAGCGCAAGUUCACGCAGCUUUCGCACCUGCAGCAGCACAUCCGGACGCACACGGGCGAUAAGCCGUACAAGUGCCGCCAUCCGGGUUGCCAGAAGGCCUUCUCGCAGCUCUCCAAUCUCCAGUCGCAUUCGCGCUGCCACCAGACGGACAAGCCCUACAAGUGCAACUCGUGCUAUAAGUGCUUCACGGACGAGCCGUCGUUGCUGGAGCACAUCCCGAAGCACAAGGAGUCCAAGCACCUCAAGACCCACAUAUGCCAGUACUGUGGAAAGUCCUACACUCAGGAGACCUAUCUUUCCAAGCACAUGCAGAAGCACGCUGAGCGAACUGAUAAGAGGCCACCAAUUGCGGGUCUGGCGAGUCUCGGAUUGAACAGGAAUCUGGCAUCAGCCAUGUCCAAUGCUCCACUGACUGUGGCCGCCACAGCCACAGAUCAUCCCUAUUGGCCAAAGGUGAGCCCUGACUCUGCGGCCAGCCUGGCCGAAGCCAUGCAGCAGCAGCAGCAGAACCAGUAUGACUUUGCCAUGCAACACGCGGCGGCAAGUGGAGCCGCGGCGGGUGACCACCUUCACCAUCGGGCUCUACUUGAGCACCACAGGAACCUCAAUGGGACCACCGAAGAUGGAGAGGAUCUCGUGAUAGCCAGCCGUCAGGGGGCCGCAAAUCUCGCCACAAGUGGCACCAGUGGCAGCCACAUUGCCCAAAACCCACCUGCCGCCUCGACGCCAUCCGCCGCACCGGCCGGAGCCAGCUACGACACCAAGACCACCAGCAACUCCGCCUUUACGCCCAUCAACUCCAUGACGCCACACCUCAAUUCCCUCGGGCACCAUCAUCAAUUGACCCAGCGGCCCUACAUCUAUGACGCCAUCAGUUUUCAGAAUAAGAACGUCAACCAAAAUGCCGGUGCAUCAUUUCCCAAUCAACUAAUUUCCCUGCACCAGAUCCGCAAUUAUGCCCAUCAGCCGGGUGGUCCGGCAGGUCUGAUGGCUGGGGAACAUUUGCUGGGGAUUGGGGUUGGAGUGGGCAAGGAUAAAGGGCAGUAGCGCCGGCUCGCUGCCACAUGGUGAUUCUCCCCGCCGCUGAGUGGCGUCGCCACAUCAAACGGGUAAAUGAUGUGCAUUUUCUAACCUCCAAAAACUCACCCUCGAAUUGAGAUGGUGGCGAUCUCAAGCACUCGAGUACCCUCAGCCACAUACCUAGUGGCCCUUAUCUAUAGAUAAAAUUAUCGGGGCAAAAGAACCAAAAUAUGAAUUUCAGGCACAAAAUCCCCAGUGCUUCAGGACUCUUACAACAAAUACAACUUGUGAGGUUAUGUAAUUACGAAGUAAGGUUUAGAAAUCCUUGUAUUUUCUUAAUAAAGAAACAAAAGUGAAAUAAAAUUGAGAGAAAAAACAAAAAAAAUAAAA